AUGCAGGGUUCUGCUGUGGUUCUGCUGCUGCUGCUGAGCUACGGCUCCGUCCAGCAGUUCUCAUCGGCCGAGCAGCAGCAGUGUGGAAAUAACAGCAGCACGUGUUCAGCUCAGGUCGAAUCUGCAGAUACGUUUCAGCCGACUCUGCCGACCAGUCGCUCUGAAGUGACUCCAGGGUUGGAUCCGGUGAGCAGACCUCCCUCUUCAGAGUCAAAUCCUGCUCCGACUGUACAUGACGGAGACUCUGAGGCUGCACUGGAGAUCCAGAAUGGUACGACAACUGAAAGCUCAACAGAAAAGGAAAAAGACAAACCAAAGACGAGCCCAACUUCCCUCCCCGACUCACUGGAGUCGAUGGAAGAACCACGGAGCUCAGAGAGCAGCAUCACAACCAGAACUCCUUCCGUCCAACAACUCAAGAAGGACUCCUCGAUAAAUAUCUUGGACGGUGCUGAAACGACCAUUUCUAGUCCGUCCAUCCAUCCUGAGGACCCCACAGCUCCGGGUUUCUCAUCAGAAAUCACCACCUCUGAUUGGCCACAGUUUGCUGAAACAUCUGCUGUCAUGUCAGACUCCACCACAGCAUCAGGGCUCGUUGCUUCCAGCGUUCUUCCUCCAUCACCAUCAGCAGUGACUCCUCCAGUUUCCUCAUUUAAAAUCUAUAAAACAGCAACGACAGAAGCCACAAACCCGACUGUUUUACCUCCAACACCACAAACCGAAGAAGCUCCAAACAGCAGCGACACGAAGAGCAAGAUGAGAAAUGUUUCAACUAGCGAGAUUAAAGAAAAAGAGGAAACAGCUUCACCUGAAACAGCACCACUUCCUGGUGGAGGACGAGGAAGUGGGACUGAUGUGGAGGAAGAGAAGGAAGAAAUCAGACAUGCAGAGAUGGAAAGAGAAAGUGAAGACGAGUUGUCCAACCGAAGACCAGGAAUCAGAGGUCAACAGGGUCUGCAAGGUUUACCAGGACUACCAGGACCACCAGGACCGAAAGGAGACAAAGGUUAUCAGGGCGUGAUGGGUCGGACCGGUCAGACCGGGUACAGAGGUCCCAUCGGGCCUCCUGGGAUGCCGGCCAUCGUCGUGUUCAAAACCUCAGAAGAAGAGUGGGAGGCGUUCAAGAAGCGUAAAGGGCCUCCGGGGCCUCCAGGACCUCCUGGAGAUGGCGGCCCGGAUGGCGGUUCUGGACCACGAGGCCCGCCGGGUCCACAGGGCCGACCAGGAAGAGACGGGACCCCAGGACACGGUGCUGACCCAGGACCCCCAGGCCCACCUGGAGAACAGGGUCCUCAAGGCUACAGAGGGGAGAAGGGCAGUAAAGGGGAGCUGGGUGAGUGGGGGUAUCAGGGCGAAGCUGGACCGCAGGGAAACCGGGGACAGAAAGGACACAAGGGGAACAAAGGAGUCCGAAGUUUUGUCGGGCUUCCUGGAUACAGAGGAGACCCAGGACCAGGUGGACCUCCAGGUCCUAAAGGUGACCCUGGAGAUCCAGGAGACGAAGGCGACAUCGGAGAACCUGGACCGGCCGGACUCAACGGAGCCAAUGGGAGUCCAGGAAAGCCCGGGCCCUCAGGUGAUCCCGGAGCCAAAAGCCGGAGAGGUGAGAGGGGAGAUCCGGGCUUUAAGGGAGACCUGGGACCUCCGGGGCCUUCGGGGAAACGUGGACUUAAGGGGCGUCAAGGCCCAACUGGGCUUCAGGGGCUUCAGGGUCCAACGGGGCCGACGGGAUUUCCUGGUUCCAGCGGCGUUGACGGCAUCCUGGGGGAACAAGGUCGGCAGGGAAAGGAAGGAUUCAAGGGAGACCGAGGACCAACCGGUGCUCAAGGAAGUCCUGGACCUCGAGGCGACAAGGGUCGAGAAGGUCGAGCAGGAUUUUCUGGGCUGCCUGGUCCCAUUGGAGAGAUGGGGAAGUCUGGAGAGCGAGGACCUGAAGGAGAACCUGGUAUUAAGGGAGUGAGCGGAGGCCCCGGGGCGACUGGACCUAAAGGUUUAAAGGGAUUUCAAGGUGAUUCGGGUAACAGAGGACAGGACGGUUCUCUUGGAGUCUCGGGACCGGUCGGUGCAAACGGAGUGAACGGAGACGCUGGACCUCCAGGACCAAGAGGACUUCCAGGAAAGACAGGAUCUCCUGGUCUCCAAGGCCCCGUGGGGAAGAGUGGAGAAGCUGGCAGUAGAGGAAUGAAGGGGACACCAGGAGAGCCGGGAGAGAAGGGGGUUGAAGGUAAUAAAGGCUCCAGUGGAUCUGCAGCCAGUGAAGGAUUAAAGGUUUGA